UCAAAUUAUAAUCUAAUGAAGAGAAUCCUACCGGCUGCAUCCCCAAAUGAACUUCACAUGGCAAGAUGAGGAUUGAUCAUGGUGUGUUUGCAGGAAGCUGGUGAGAAGGCAGAGCGGUCAUAUUUGAAUGGACUUUUAUACAUCCAUAGACUCAAGUUGCAUUCAACACAAGAAACACUAUUUAUAAAAUAGUAAAAUAUUUCUGCCUAAUUUUUUUCAUUGGAAGAUUAAAUAAACCAUGUACGACAAUUCUUCCAGCAAACACUACUUUGUCACACACUCUUAUAUAUAGUAUAUAUAAAUAUUAAUCUUUGAUAACAGAUUUAGAAGAUAUCUAUUAACAAACCUUUCCUUUUCUUUAACUUGAGUUGAAACUAAGCUCAAGGUUAGUGGCAUAUAAUUCCAAACCUCUUAGAUGAGGUUAGAAUAGCAAUAAAAAGAGAAGAAAAUUAACAAGAAGGGGAGAAGUGUAGUUUCAAACCAAUAUUCCCCCUUUUGAUUGGUGUUUCCUUGUUCUGUUUAUGUUCUUCUAGUCCAAGAAAGUAAUCAAGUAUAUUCAUAACAAGGGAAGCAAAAAUGGAUAGUAAUUUAAGCAGAAGUAUAAGUAGGAGUUUGAGUAGGUCAAGUUGGAAAAUGGAAGAAGUGUUUGCUAGUGGAAGAUAUUCAAGAAGAACUUCUCAAAUUGAUGAAGAUGAAGAAGCACUUAAAUGGGCUGCAAUUGAGAAAUUACCAACCUAUGAUAGGUUAAGAACAAGUAUUAUGCAAACAUUUACUGAGGGUGAUCAACCUCAACAUGGAAACAGAUUGCAACAUAAAGAAGUUGAUGUUAGGAAGCUUGAUAUGAAUGAUAGGCAACAAAUUAUUGAUCAAAUUUUCAAGGUUGCUGAAGAAGAUAAUGAAAAGUAUCUCAGGAAAUUCAGAAACAGAAUUGACAAGGUUGGAAUAAGACUCCCAACAGUAGAAGUGAGGUUUAAGAAUUUGACUAUUGAAGCUGAUUCCGUUGUUGGAAGUAGAGCUUUGCCAACACUACCGAAUGUUGCAUUAACCAUUUUAGAAUCAUUUCUUGGAGCAUGUGGAAUUAGUGCAUCUAAGAAAACACAGAUCACAAUUCUUAAGAAUGCUUCUGGCAUUAUUAAACCAUCAAGGAUGGCCCUUUUACUAGGUCCACCUUCAUCAGGGAAAACGACCCUAUUGUUGGCAUUGGCUGGAAAAUUGGACUCUGAAUUGAGGGUGAGAGGUGAAAUUACUUACAAUGGACACAAACUUAAUGAGUUUGUACCAAGAAAGACUUCAGCAUAUAUUAGCCAAAAUGAUGUUCAUGUUGGAGAAAUGACUGUUAAAGAAACUUUGGAUUUCUCAGCUAGAUGCCAAGGAGUUGGAACUAGAUAUGAUUUAUUAAGUGAGCUUGCUAGAAGGGAAAAGGAAGCUGGUAUAUUUCCAGAGGCAGAUCUUGACCUUUUCAUGAAGGCUACUGCAGUGAAAGGAACAGAAAGCAGUCUUAUUACCGACUAUACUCUAAAAAUAUUGGGACUUGAUAUUUGUAAGGAUACCAUAGUUGGAGAUGAGAUGCAUAGAGGUGUAUCUGGAGGCCAAAAGAAACGUGUCACCACAGGUGAAAUGAUUGUUGGGCCAACAAAAACACUAUUCAUGGAUGAAAUAUCAACUGGUCUUGAUAGUUCCACAACAUUUCAAAUUGUGAAAUGUUUGCAACAAAUUGUGCACCUUAGUGAAGGAACAAUCUUAAUGUCACUUCUUCAACCAGCUCCUGAGACGUUCGAUCUAUUUGAUGACAUCAUUCUCAUAUCCGAGGGUCAAGUUGUGUAUCAAGGUCCACGUGAACAUAUUGUGGAGUUCUUUGAAUCCUGUGGGUUCCGUUGUCCUGAAAGAAAGGGAACCGCUGAUUUCUUGCAAGAGGUUACAUCAAGAAAAGACCAAGAACAAUAUUGGGCAGACAAAAAUAGACCAUACAGAUAUGUUUCUGUGACAGAGUUUACAAACAAAUUCAAACAAUUCCAUGUCGGAGUGCGUCUGGAACAAGAGUUAUCGGUUCCAUUCGACAAAUCAAGUGCACACAAAGCAGCUCUUGUUUACAGCAAAAACUCAGUUCCAACAAGGGACAUUUUUAAAGCAUGUUGGGACAAAGAAGUGUUACUUAUCAAAAGAAACUCUUUUUUCUACAUAUUCAAGACAGCACAAAUUGUCAUCAUUGCCUUCAUAGCAGCAACUUUGUUUUUAAGGACUGAAAUGAGUAGAAAAACUGAAGAUGAUGCUUCACUUUACAUUGGUGCAAUUUUGUUUGGUAUGAUCAUGAAUAUGUUCAAUGGUUUUGCUGAACUUGCACUUACAAUUGGAAGACUUCCUGUGUUUUAUAAACAUAGAGAUCAUCUUUUCCAUCCUGCUUGGACUUACACAGUCCCGAAUUUCUUGUUGCGUAUUCCGAUUUCUAUCUUUGAGUCUCUUGCUUGGAUGGUUGUUACUUACUAUACCAUUGGAUUCGCUCCUGAAGCCAGCAGGUUCUUUAAGCAAUUUUUGUUGGUGUUCCUUAUCCAACAAAUGGCAGCUGGGAUGUUUAGAUUCAUUGCUGGAAUAUGUAGAACCAUGAUUAUUGCAAACACUGGUGGAGCACUCAUGCUUCUUGUUGUUUUUCUACUCGGUGGUUUCCUCCUUCCUAAACGUGAAAUUCCUAACUGGUGGGUUUGGGCUAAUUGGGUUUCACCAUUGUCAUAUGCUUUCCAUGCAAUGUCUGUGAAUGAAAUGUAUGCUCCAAGGUGGAUGCAUAAUGGGACUUCUGCGGAUAAAACUACUACAUUGGGUCUGGCUGUUUUAAAGAACUUUGAUGUUUAUGCCAACGAAAAUUGGUAUUGGAUAGGUGCCGGAGCUCUUGCGGUUUUCACAGUUUUCUACAAUGUUCUCUUCACCCUUUCACUUAUGUACCUAAGUCCUCUUGGAAAUAAGCAAGCAAUUAUAACCGAGGAAGAUGCAACUGAAUUGGAGAAUGAGGGAGACGUAAACGAACCAAGACUCGUGAGGCCGCCUUCCAAUCGAGAGUCAAUGCUUCGGUCUCUAUCUAAAGCUGAUGGAAACAAUUCAAGGGAAGUGGCAAUGCAAAGAAUGAGUAGUAGCCAAGCUAAUCCAAAUGGAUUAAGAAAUGCUGAUGCAGACACUUCAAAUGCACCAAGAAGAGGAAUGGUUCUACCUUUUCAACCACUUGCAAUGUCAUUUGACAGUGUUAAUUACUUUGUGGACAUGCCUGCAGAAAUGAAAGAGCAAGGAGUGACAGAAGAUAGGUUACAAUUGCUUAGGGAAGUAACCGGUUCAUUUAGGCCUGGAGUUCUUACUGCACUAAUGGGAGUUAGUGGCGCCGGGAAGACAACUUUAAUGGAUGUUUUAGCAGGAAGAAAAACCGGUGGCUACAUCGAAGGAGAUGUUAAAAUCUCUGGAUACCCUAAGAACCAAGAAACCUUUGCAAGAGUUUCUGGUUACUGUGAACAAACUGAUAUUCAUUCACCUCAAGUUACUAUCAGAGAAUCAUUGCUUUACUCGGCUUUCCUUCGGUUACCAAAAGAAGUUGGUGAAGAGGAAAAGAUUCAAUUUGUGGAACAAGUGAUGGAUUUGGUAGAGCUGCAAAGUCUCAAGGAUGCUAUUGUGGGGCUACCAGGAGUUACAGGGUUGUCAACUGAACAAAGAAAGAGGUUGACAAUCGCGGUCGAGCUUGUUGCUAAUCCUUCAAUCAUAUUCAUGGAUGAACCAACUUCAGGUCUAGAUGCAAGAGCUGCUGCUAUUGUUAUGAGAACUGUAAGAAACACUGUUGAUACUGGAAGAACUGUUGUGUGCACAAUUCAUCAGCCUAGCAUUGAUAUCUUUGAAGCCUUUGAUGAGCUCAUAUUGAUGAAAAGAGGAGGGCAACUGAUCUAUGGAGGACCUUUAGGUCGGAAUUCACACAAGAUUAUCGAAUACUUUGAGGCAAUUCAAGGUGUCCCAAAAAUUAAGGACAUGUACAAUCCUGCAACAUGGAUGCUUGAAGUUAGCUCCGUAGCUGCUGAAGUCCGGCUUGGAAUGGACUUUGCUGAAUACUACAAGCAAUCAGAUUUGUUUCGGAGAAGCAAAGCUCUUGUAACCGAGUUAAGUACACCGCCACCAGGAACUAGUGAUUUGUUUUUCGCUACUAAGUACUCCCAAUCAACAGUUGGACAAUUCAAAUCUUGUCUUUGGAAGCAGUGGCUAACAUAUUGGAGAAGUCCAGAUUACAAUCUAGUCAGAUACUUUUUCACCUUGGCUUGUGCUCUCAUGAUAGGGACAGUAUUUUGGAGAGUUGGCAAACACAAGGACACUUCGACUGAUCUGAUACUGAUUAUAGGAGCGAUGUAUGCUGCUGUUAUUUUUGUUGGAAUUAACAAUUGUCAAACAGUUCAACCAAUUGUCGCUAUUGAAAGAACAGUGUUUUAUAGAGAAAGAGCCGCUGGAAUGUAUGCUCCUUUGCCAUAUGCCUUAGCACAGGUUUUGAUAGAAGUACCAUUUGUGCUAUUUCAAACAUUAUAUUACUCACUCAUAGUGUAUGCUAUGGUGGGCUUUCCAUGGAAAGUAGAAAAGUUCUUUUGGUUCGUCUUUGUCUGCUUCUUCUCCUUCCUAUACUUCACAUACUACGGAAUGAUGACUGUUUCCAUCACGCCAAACCAUCAAGUUGCAUCAAUCUUUGCAGCAGCAUUCUACGGAGUCUUUAACCUCUUCUCUGGUUUCUUCAUUCCAAAACCUAAAAUUCCGGGAUGGUGGAUAUGGUACUAUUGGAUUUGUCCAGUUGCAUGGACAGUGUAUGGAUUAAUUGUGUCACAAUAUAGAGACAUAGAUGAUCCAAUUACUGUUUUUGGAGCUACUCAAAACUUCACUGUGAAGGGAUACAUUGAACAUCAUUAUGGAUUCAAACCUGAUUUCAUGGGACCAGUUGCUGCAGUUUUGGUUGCUUUCACUUGCUUCUUUGCCUUUAUAUUUGCCUACUGCAUAAGGACAUUGAACUUCCAAUCAAGAUAAAUGAAUUACAUUGUUGGAAAAAUGAAGUUAUGUUGCUGCAAAAUGGUUACAUUACAGUCUAUGUGACUUGUGUAUGUACAUAACUUAUGAUUUAUGCAGCGUAUUUAAUGUUGUUUCUUAUAGAUGACUAAGAUAAUUUUGUUAGUAGAGAAUUGUGUUGAUUAAGUGUAAAUCUUGUUGAUUAUGCUACAUUGUUAAUUUGGUUUGCUACUUGGAACAAAUUUGGUAUUUCAUUUCAUCAGUUCUUGUAUAAAUGUUCAUUGCCAUAAAUAAAAAAACUUAUUUUUUUACCUUAA